UUUUAGCUUGGCAUGGGUUAUGGUCGCAACAGUAGCCCAUGUGAGAGAUUAUUGUGCCUGUUGUCAGAUCAUUCAAACCUGCAAUAAAAAGCUUGUUUUGGCAAUAAAGUCUGAUGCUUGUGUGUGUCACCCAACAUACAGUAACAUUACUGAACCCUAGUGACCAGUGUAGAAUACUACAUUAUCAUUCACAUUGUCUUUUAAUGCCUUAUAUUUGUAUUUUAAAUCAUUUAGCCAUGUUUUUGUCACGAGGCAGCUAAGAGCUAAGAGUUCUGGAUUCCAAGUUGCAGAGAGCAAACACACAGUGUACAAAUACAAUAAAAGAGUUUAUUAACAAAAAGGGCUACAGCCAAACAGGUGAGUGUAAAAAUGGAAACUAAGGAUCUCAGGGCAAACACCAAAAAAAAAAAAAAUACAAAAUAGAAUGAAAAGACUCAGGGCCUAAGGAAAGGUAGACAAACGAAAGAAAAACACUGCCAUGGAAAAAUAAAGGCAGGGAAAAACACACGCGUGGAAAAACAAGAAAGCUGCUAUGAAAACAGGUAGCAGAACUAACUUUAGCGGGAUCAAUAGCAAAUAGCUAGAAGAUCAGGCAGGAAACGACGACAACAACAAGGUAAGGGACCGGUUAUGAGCCACCGGAGGAGGGAAUAGCAGAAGGUGCACGGGAGAGGACGAAGGAAUAACUGGCACUGGUCUGCUGUUUGGAAGCAGCUGAUAAAGGUCCUGGUAAUUGGCCACAGGUGCGUGCAAUCAGCUCAGUCAGCAGGGAAGUGUGCACUGAAACAUACGACAGACAGGCGGCAGCAGAGCGACGGACACAGAACAUGACAGUUUAUGCUCUAAAAUGCUUAAUUUAGGCAAAAAAAAAAUAUUCACAAUUUAUCUUAAUAUGCAUUUUGAUGGGCCGUACAGCAUAAUUGAUUAAUACAUUUUUAAAAAACUGUGACAGAGUGAAGCUGUGGUUACACUUCCACAUUUCUCAGAUUAAAACCAGACCAAGCUGUGCCACGCUAAUUGAUAAUAUAUUCACCAAUGAUCUUGCUAAUAACACAAAAAGUGGUCUGCUAAUUAAUGAUAUCCGUGACCAUCUUCCAGUGUUCACAAUUUACAAUAAAUUGUAAUCCAACUCAUCACCAGGUGGUGAUCAGCUGACAGCUCAGCCCCUCUCUUCACCGGCGUGUCCAGAACAUGCGGACGCAGGUCUGAUGAUGCAACUACGAAGUCGAUCAUAGACCUGCGGAGGUGUCCUGGUGCCAAGUGCACUUGUGGACAUCCUUAUGUUUGAACAUGGUGUUUAUGGACAAACUGUGGUUCACACAGGAGUCCAGUAACACACCGGAUAAGUGUUAAUGGACAAGUGUUAAUGUGUCAAAGUUGCAGUUGCAAUGUUGAACAUUGAUAAAUGAAAAGACUAGUAGGGUAUAGUUAGUAUAAUAAUGAGUGUUAACUUGCAAAUGUACACGCUCAGCUUUUUUCUGCCGAAGGAAUACUCUCUCUUGGCAGCGACAGUGUUGCUUUUGGCAGUAAUCUUUUUUAACUCCUCGUAACGCUCCUUAAUAAUUACUUGCUCAUCUUGUGUAAAAUUCACCGUCUGGGAACACUUCAUUUUUACAAUUUAAAAGGUUUUUAAAUUGUAUUAAAAAAAUAAGAGCAAUAUAUUUUGUUAUAGCACUGGACUCUUAUCAUCAAUGAGGAAGAUUGAGGAACGAGCACAGAAUGAAAGUACAGAGCACAUAGCAGUUGCCGCACCCGUCUAGAAGGUGAAACUUAAGUUUGUGUGCCCGGGAAAUGAAAGCCAAGUAUGUGUGAAAGCCAAGUAUGUGAGAAACAUGCAUCGAUUGUGUUUCUCCCAGUAAGUUUUCAUGAGUCUUAUCUUAAGGUUUCCGCAAAUCUGAUUGUGCUAGGUGAGGUGAGGUAAAGGCCUCAAUGAGAAUUAGGUUGGCAGUGCACUGAGGUAUUAGGCACUAUAAUAUCUAACAACAGCAUGCCAUUACUGUGUCUACAUUCUCACGUUUAUAAUCCAUCCAUCCAUUUUCUUUAACGCUUACCCUCAUUAGGGUCGCGGGGGGGUAUGCUGGCGCCUAUCCCAGGGCGAGAGGUACACCCUGGACUGGUUGCCAGCCAAUCGCAGGGCACUUUUAGACAAACAGCCAUUCACACUCACAUUCAUAGCUAUGGAAAAUUUAGAGUCGGCAAUUAACCUAACAUGCAUGUUUUUGGAAACCAGAGUGCCCGGAGAAAACCCACAAACUCACAGGAAGAAAAUGCAAACUCCACACAGAGAUGCCCAAGCGGAGAUUCGAUGUCCUGACUGUGUGGCCAACAUGCCAGCCACUCUCAUUAAAUGACACAUAUUUAUUUUUGACUUGGUGGAUUAUUUUGGAAUCGUUGCUGCUUUUUAUGAUUGAAAGUUUAUGAUGAUGUCGUCGUCUAAUUUGCAUCAUUGGUCAUGACGCAUGUGCAUGUAAUUUCCUAAAAAGGCUUUAAAAAGUUAUACAGUUGUCUCUGGCCACUUCUCGCUUUGACUUUCGUACUUUCACUCCAUCACAGUUUUUGAAAAUAUAUACAUUUUAAAAAUCAGCGCUGUUUUGGGGUUGAUUAUAGCCUAUUAGAAAAAAAAUUGCAUAUUUAAUCAAAUGUUAUGUGCAUGGCUCAGAUCAAGGGUACCCAAGUGUUACAUUUUGGGUAAAAUUUCAAACUCGUGGAUAGACCUUGGUAAUGUUAUAAACACUAACUUCAAUCAUUGCCAAACACACACCCAACAUACCAGAAAUCGAGACAUCUUCCAUUUCCCAUUGCAACCCUCCAAAGUUCACUCUUUCUUAAAUGUAAUGCACAUAACUCAGUGUCGACUUUAUGCUGUUAUCUCUGCAUAGAUUUGACUUUUGUUAGAAAAGUAACUUAUAUUUGCGAGACUAUCAUAAAGUAAAUUAAAACAAGUGACAAAUCUAGAUCUUGAGUUAAAGCUCUGAAAAUAUGGCAAAGAAAAAUUUACCUUCAGUCCUUACCAUGCCAUUGUUGUAGCACUACAAAGACUACAAAUCCCAUCAGCCGUUCUUACGACUGUAAUAACAUAAACUUUGACCUAUCAACUCCACAAUAUAAGCUAAUCAUUGCAGCACUGUGGCAACAUGAGCCAGGAUUCAAUGAAAAGCACUGAGUGAGUGGUUCUUGAAUUAUCAUGCUAAAGACAAAAUUACAAGGCGAUCUUUCACCUCUCAUGAGGGACACGCCGAUCGCUUCCGGGUUAAAUACGGAGCAAUUUAUCAACGAACACGCUGGAAUUUAUUUGGUUCGGAUGAAUGUCAACGACAUAUAAUACAACGGAUAAAAGCUCAGACGCCUCCCUGUCAUCACCUUCCUCAUCUAGUCCCGGAGGUUUUGUGGACUUCACAUUCACCCAAGAGCCUCAGGACACGGUGACGGUGCGAGGCGGCUUGCUGCAGCUCGACUGCCAGGCCCGCUCAAACACAUUGGCCGGAAGCCCCACCAUCACCUGGCGGAAAGACGGUGUGCUCCUCAGUGCUCUGGUGGAUGAGCGGCGGCAGGAGCUGGCCAACGGAUCGUUGCUGGUUCAGAAUAUUCUACACUCACGGCACCACCGGCCUGAUGAGGGGGAAUACCAGUGCCUUGCCACGCUGGAUGGCCUGGGAAGUAUUGUGAGCCGGACUGCUAAAGUCACCGUGGCAGGUCCACUGAGGGUAGUUGUCCCCACCGAGUCCGUCUCAUCCUACCUUGGUGACACGGCAUUGCUACGUUGUGAGGUCUCAGGAGAACCAACUCCCGUCAUCCGCUGGCAGAAAAAUCGAGACGAUUUGCCGCUGACAUUUGAUCCGUCCUCACGCCUCGUGGUGCUGCCGUCUGGCUCUCUGCAGGUCAGCCGUGUCCAGCCGCCGGACUCAGCCACGUAUCGCUGUUUGGCUGACAACCCUGGCAGCACAAGGACGGGGACAGAUGCCGAGCUGCGGGUGCUCCCAGAGCCUGGUCUGAACCGAAACCUGCAGUUUCUUCAACGUCCUUUGAGGGUAACUGCUGUGCUGGGAACUGAUGCUGUGCUGGAAUGUUCCAUCUCCGGAUACCCCACUCCGAGCAUUCAAUGGCGAAGAGGAGACGAAGUGAUCGAAACUCGGAAUAAGAAGUAUUCUCUGUUGGCGGGAAGCAAUCUCAUCAUUAGGAGUGUCACUGACGAUGACUCCGGCAGUUAUAGCUGCACAGCUGCCAACAAGAACCACAACAUCACUGCAAGCGCAGAACUGAGUGUGCUGGGUCCACCUCAGUUCCUGAACUAUCCAACCAACACAUACGCCUACGAAUCCACUGACAUUGAGCUGGAGUGUGCGGUGACAGGAAACCCAGCACCGACCAUCCGCUGGAUGAAGAAUGGAGAGGAAGUUAUCCCCAGUGAUUACUUCCAAAUAGUGGAUGGCAGUAACCUGCAGAUUUUGGGUUUGGUCAAGUCAGAUGAAGGAUUUUAUCAGUGUGUUGCAGAGAACAUUGCCGGCAGCUCGCAGGCUAUGGCUCAACUGUUGCUCCGAGAGCCAGAAGCCACACCCACUCAGUACAGGCCCGCCCACACGCCUCCUCCCCCCCGACCACCUCCUGCUCCGCCUGCUCCUUCUGGCACCCCUUUGACUUACUCCUCCUCCUCUGAUCCCCCACCAGUGUCCCCCAGCCCAGGCGUUGCCCUCCCCUCAGCCCCUCGCGACCUGGUCCCUGUCCUAGUGUCCAGCCGAUUUGUCCGACUCAGCUGGCGCCCCCCAGAGGAGACAGGAGGAUCCAUCCAGACUUAUGGCGUUUACUACUCCCAGGAUGGUGUUGAAAGGGAGAGGUCAGUAAACGUGUCAGAGCCCGAGUCUUUGGAACUGACUGUUUCCAACCUGAAGCCAGAGGAGAGCUACAGCUUCAGAGUUGUGGCUUACAACGAUGUGGGACCAGGAGAAAGCGCCGCCCCCCUGAGAAUCACAACCAAACCCGAUCUCCAGGUUCCCAGCAGGAUCGAGUCACUACGUGCUGAAGCUCUUUCUCCAACUUCCAUCCAGAUCAACUGGGAGCCUCCCAACGCUCCAAACGGACCCAUUCUGGGAUACAGGGUGCUAUGGACCGAGAGCUUAUCAAGCAAGGAACAGAGUGUCAAUGUCAGUGGAUUGAACUACAAGAUGGAGGGACUGAAUAAAUUCACUCAAUACGUGGUCUGCGUUUUGGCAGUCAACCGCUUUGGACCUGGACCCACCUCAGAGAGCAUCAUUGUCACCACCCAAUCAGAUGUACCCAGUGCUCCUCCCCAGAACAUCACCUUAGAGGUUGUGCUGUCGAGGAGCAUCAAAGUGUCAUGGCAACCACCUCCACGAGGCACACAGAAUGGCAUCAUCAGCGCUUACAAGAUCAAAUAUAGGAAGACGGGUCGCCGUGGGGACCAGGAGGCCAUUGAGCCAAACAACCUCUGGUAUCUGUUCACAGGUCUUGAGAAGGGCAGUCAGUACAGUUUCCAAGUAGCUGCCAUGACCACCAAUGGAACAGGUCCAGCCAGUGACUGGUAUACCGCUGAGACACCCGAGAACGAUUUGGAUGAGAGUCAGGUUCCGGACCAGCCCAGCUCUCUGCAUGUCAGACCACUUCCCAACAGCAUCAUCAUGUCUUGGACUCCUCCAAUCAGUCCCAACAUCCUGGUACGAGGUUACAUCAUCGGCUAUGGAGUGGGAAGUCCCUAUGCAGAGACGGUUCGCGUGGACAGCAAGCAGAGAUACUUCUCCAUCGAAAACCUCGAGCCGAGUUCGCACUAUGUGAUUUCCCUGAAGGCCUUCAACAAUGCCGGAGAAGGAGUUCCUCUAUAUGAGAGUGCUGUUACUCGAUCUCUGACAGACCCCAUAGACCCAUCUGAAGAUGACCUUUUCCACCUCUUUGAUAAAUACCCCACUCCCAUGCCAGACACCAGCACACCCAUGAUCCCCCCUGUUGGGGUACAAGCCGUGGCUCUCUCCUCAGACUCCGUCCGGGUCUCGUGGGCUGACAACUCCAUGACCAAAAACCAGAAGUCAUCUGAAGUUCGCUAUUACUCAGUCAAGUGGAAGACCAGCUAUUCCACCAGCGGCAAGUACAAGUCUGCAGACACCACCGCGCUCAGCCACACUGUCACUGGCCUCAAACCCAACACCAUGUAUGAGUUUGCAGUCAUGGUAACCAAAGGUCGCAAGUCCAGUACCUGGAGUAUGACAGCACACGCCACCACCUAUGAAGCAGCUCCCAACUCGGCUCCCAAAGACUUGACAGUUAUUAGUCGGGAGGGACGGCCCCGAGCCAUUUUAAUCAGCUGGCAACCACCAAUGGAGGCUAACGGGCGGAUAACAGGUUACAUCCUGUACUACACCUUGGACAAAAACAUGCCAAUAGACAACUGGGUGAUGGAGACAAUCAGCGGCGACCGGCUGACCCAUCAGGUUGUUGAUUUAAACCUUGACACGGUAUAUUACUUCCGGAUCCAGGCUAAGAACGCCAAAGGAGUUGGUCCACUAUCAGAACCUGUCCACUUUAGGACAGCCAAAGUGGAACAUCCAGACAAGAUGGCAAAUGACCAAGGUCGAGGAGGAGACCACGCCUACUGGCCACCUGAUAGCAACCUGAUUGACAGAAGCAACAUAAACGAGUCUCCCAUCGGUCAAAUGCAUCCGCCACAUGGCAGCGCAACGCCUCAAAAGAACAGCAACCUUUUGGUCAUCAUCGUGGUUUCCGUGGGAGCCAUCACCGUGGUGGUGGUGGUCAUCGUGGCCCUCAUCUGUACCCGACGCUCCUCCGCCCAGCAGCGCAAGAAGAGAGCGAGCCACAGUGCGAGUAAAAGGAAGGGCAGUCAGAAGGAUCUGCGACCGCCGGAUCUCUGGAUCCAUCAUGAAGAGAUGGAGAUGAAGAACAUUGAGAAGGCUCCCAGUGUGGCCCCGUCUGGACACGAUUCACCGAUCCAUUCUUGCCAGGACCUCCCCCAGGUCGCUCACAGCCAAUCAGAGAGCCAGAUGGGCAGCAAGAGUAGCCACUCAGGAGCAGACGGUGAUGAGGCGUCCAGCGCUAUUUCUACUCUGGAACGCUCCUUGGCUGCCAGGAGGGGAACACGGGGCAAAAUGAUGAUUCCUAUGGAUUCACAACCAAGCAACACACCUGUGGUCAGUGCCAUCCCAGUGCCAUCUCUAGAUUCUUCUCAGUAUCCUGGUAUACUUCCUUCCCCCUCCUGCAGUUUCACCCACAACAAAUUCAGCUUAAGGCCAAUGCCUUUCUCCAGCCUAACGUUGGACAGAGGAUACACGCAAGUCAUACCCACAGAUGGUUCCACCAAUCCUCUUCUUCAGCAGCAGUCUCCGCCACAACAGCCACCUCCCCUCCUCCCCGGCUCCUCCGUCCCUCCCGGGGAGCAUGUUCCAGGCAUGGGCCCUGUUCCCGGGGCCCCUGCUACUGCCGCGACCGCUGUUGCCUCAGAGGAAGGCCAAGUGGGUGCAAGUCGGAACAUACCCACUGCGUGUGUUCGGCCGACCCACCCACUACGAAGCUUCACCAACCCGCUUUUACCACCCCCCAUGGGGACCAUCGACCCCAAGGUGUACACCUCCAUGAUGCCACAGUCCACUACAAGCCUCCCAAAGCCUCAGGUGAAGACAGCUUCUUUGGGUCAAGCUGGGAAGGCUCGAUCCCCUCUGCUCCCUGUCUCAGUUCCGACAGCGCCUGACAUACUCGAGGACGGAGGAACAAAACCCACAGAGGAUUCAGCUGCCAACGUGUACGAGCAGGACGACCUUUCGGAGCAGAUGGCUAGUUUAGAGGGGCUGAUGAAGCAGCUCAACGCCAUUACUGGCUCUGCUUUCUAAACCUUUCAAGCCCCCAGAGCAGGAACAGUUCUUCAAGCCUCCAUGUCUCCGGCAACAGCCGCAGCAUCUUAAGUUUGAAGAUGCCUUCGGGGACUCAGACCUCCAUCUGUGCUGGAUUGAACCACACAUCAUCAACUCCAGGAACAAGAUAAGGGUGGAGCGUUCAAGCUAACAGAAACAAAAUGAGGAACUACCAAUGCCCACCACCAUGACUUAAUGAAAUGAGAGAAAAAGAAGACCCAAUUGUAAGACCUUUCCUGUUUCUCUUCUUUGUAGUAUUUAUUAACGUCCACCUCUGCUGAGUUCUCUGCAACUCAGUUACUGUGACUGCACCUCCUUGCCGUCGGGAGUAUUAUUAUUUUUUUCUAUUUAAAACAAACCUUCACACACACCGUUUACACGAUGUGAAUAUGGUUGGAACCAGUACCCUGGGUGUGAAAUACACACCAUCCUCCAGCGUUUCACCAAAACAUUCUGCUUCUACGGCUUUUAGUUUCCCUGUUGGUGAACUUCAGGCUGACAUUUCUGCACGUUUGCCAUCAGCCUCUCGUUUUGGUGUGGUUUCACCGGACCAAACCACUUUCAACUCUGGACCACAGACCACCAAACCGGACGAACUUGAUCAGCAAGGAUGUGUGUUGUUGCCAAAUACAUGUAGGGAAGCGUCCCUGUCACAUUCCAGCCCUGCAUUUGUUCCAGCAGUUUUGGACGGGCGGUUGCUCGUCAGUUCUGGAUGUUAUGUGGCGACCGGACCUGCGCUGUAAUUCAAACAAAACAGUAGUGAUGAUGGCAGUAAUGAGUGUGAAAAUGACAACUGUUUAUUUUUUUACUUUGUGUAUUUUCAGUAUAUAUUUGACUUAUUAAGGUGGAUGUGUUCUUAAUAGAUUCAUAUUUAUUUUGGAUUAGAUAAACCCACAUUGUACCGAUGUCAGUCUUGAAUUUUAAGUUUCACAUGGAGGGGUCAGAUUUUGAUACAAAACAAGAAUACAAACCCCAAAUCAUGCAUAUUCCACAAAGUGUAUUUUUUCACCUUUUGAACACGUUUCCACAGAGCUAAACCAGAGGUCAGCAUAGAUACAGACAGCAUGUAGAAGACAUUACAGGCAAUCGUUCUCUCCAGUUUCAUUUUUGUAAUGCAAGCAGUCUGCAUGAAGUGAAAUAAGCAAACACUCGAUAUGUUUCCAUGCACACAAUAUACCCGAAUAAAGUCAAUACAAAACUUGACGUCUUUUGACGAAGACCAAUUCCAGUCAAGGUCGUUUUCCAAUUAUAAAAAACCCCACUGGCACCCCUGGCAUAAGCCUGGCGUAAGCCUGCAUCAUGCCCAAUACGAGCUCAUAAUAAAAUGUAAAUGGUGGAAUAUGAAGUGUUUAUCGAGCAUGCUCACUGCUCAGAUGGCAAAGGGAUUGUUUGUCCGGCAUGGCGUGAUGGAGGCAGGAAAGGUCACGUGUGGGGUGAGGAGGAAACAAAUGUAAUGUAAAUACAAUCGUGAGAGUACAUUAUCUGGUGAACCUCUGGCGGUGCUACGCCUGUGAAAUAUCCCCUUCAAGGUAGCACAUAGCGGGGCUCCAAGUGAGAGAGCAGUUUGGCCGGACCGCGGUGUCUUCCACCGUUAAGAAAGGCUGGUCGCCUAAUCUGAUUAAGUCAACUAUUUUUUGGGGUCAUUUGCUUAACUUUCUGACUGUCACACACAUCCGGGUGAGUGAUGACCAUGUUAGCUAUUUACCAUGAUUUCCGGUGUAUAAGCCGCACCCACUAAAUUUAGAGGAAAAAACAGAUUUGUUGUUAUAUAGGCCGCAUGUGCCCACAUCAUAAAGUUGCAUAUUGUGGCGCGCACGAGUCCGUCAGGACCACGCAGCUCUUUAUUUAACAAGAGCCAUCAAUAAGUUAUGAAUAAAUGCACGACGAGCUUGUCAACGCAUUGGAAAUUGCAGGAGGUCAUUACUCAGUAUAACAGUCCGACUCACUGUUUCGUCUUACAAACAACAUUGAACUCAUCACACAACAAAUAACUCUCAAACGUUAUACCUCAGAAAUAUAGAAACAUGUAUCGAUACAAGUUUUUUAUGAAAAAAAACAAACAUUUUAAAGUGUGCCCAUAAUGCAUUUUGGUUGAGAAAACCAUUUCAUUGGAGGAGAGCAUACAAAGCAUACUUGUAGAAAAUGGCUGCAAUGCUGCUUUUGUCCACCAGAGGAAGCCAGAGGGCCAAAAGACUGCGAUGGGGGGAAGUGAAGUCAUUGCACCAGCCCAAAGAAUGCGUUGCUCACACGCAAUGUAUUUUGGGAAACCUUUAAAAUGUUGGCUUUUUCUUUAUUUUAAUGUCACAUUGGGACAUGUUUCGAUAUUUGUAUCAAGUUGCCCUGUGCUGAAUUUAGCGCUAUUAGUUAAAUGUUUUUAAAAGAUGACACUGUGAAUCAGACGGGCCUGUUGACAAGCUCGUUGUGAGUGCACUGAUAGCUCAUGAUUGGCUCCUGGCAAAGAAAGAGCUACCGCUUCCUCACUGACUCGUGAGCGGCACAGUAUUUAAACAAUCAGUAGUAAUUCUGAAGUAAAGGAGAUGUCACGAGAUUAGAAUUCAGCCAUAAAUUAGCCGCACCGCUUCAUAAGCCGCUGGGUUGAAAGUUUAAGAAGAAAGUAGCGGCUUAUACACCGCAAUUUACAGUAAUUAUUACAGCUAUUUAACAUGCUUCCCUUGUGAGGUAUUUCUCAUGGCAUGUGUUGCAGGAUACACUGUCACAAAUGGCAGAUAAGGUCCACACGGCACAAACGUUUUGGCUUGCGGCCGCACGCCUGCACAGUGUGAAAGAAAGGGGUAGGGGGGCACUACACUGCACACAAGGGUCUCUACAGGCUGCAAUAGUACGGUGUUUGUGAUCCGUGUUGAAAGGCAUUGAUCUGCAAAUGCUGGUCACAUGCUUUUCCACAGAAAUCGGGCGAUACUGAUCGGUGGCCGAUAGAUCGGAGCAUUCCUACAAAUCAUUGCUGUUUUGUGGUUGACUACGGCCUAUUAUUAGUCAAAGAAUGUGCAUGUUUAAGCAAAUUUUCCAGCACAAAAUUUGCUAAAUAAAAUCGAAAUAUAAGGCAUUAAGAAAACACACAAAAGACAUUCUGUUAUGUAGUAUUUGGUACUAAAUGUCACAAGGAUGCGACAAAAGCCAUUGCAGGAAGUAUGAAAACGGAAGUAAAAAAGGGACAACAAGGAACUCUCCCAAUUCUCACGUGUGAGCCUAUUUAUCUUAUUAUGUCUACCAUAUUGGGUAAUAUGAGGUUAAAGGUGAAUAUAGGGGUGUUAUUUCAUGUCUAGAGGGCUCCAGCUGAGCAGGUGGGGAUGGAAAUGCAUCUCCCACAUUGCCAACACCAAAUGUUGGCAGCUGUGUUAAUAAUAAUAUUAAUAUUGUUUAUAUUGAGUGCAUGGAAAUGUAGUGAAUGUCAAUGCAGUACAGUGUUUUGGUUUGGAGUGAGACAUUUCAAACAUCAGGUCAAUCAGAGGCUUUCUUCUUUGAAUUUGUAUUGACAGCGAAGAAGGAAAAGUGUCCAAUUAGUGGAGUUUGCCUUCCUUUUGUUUAUCUUGCUUCAGAGAAUAUUCAUUUAUGAAAAGCAGUGGGAGCGAGCCUUUGUAGAAAUCUCUGAAAGAAUAUGUUCCCCAAUAUCAGACCUAAUCUCCUCCUCUAAUCUCCAAGUGUUUGGAGACAAAAAUAUCUUUCAACUUAACCCAUAAGAACCCAUUAUGACACGCCUGCCGUAAGUGAAACACUGCCGAGUGGUGUCAUGUGACCACUAUCCCAGGAUAUGGCUUCCCCAAAAUGGCGGUGUGUCAGGUAAGCUAGCUCAUUUCCAAAAAUGUAUUUUUGCUGUGAAAGCUAAUUGUUAACAUUUAUUUAGCAUUUAACAACUUGAAUGCAUAAUAGGGUGUCAGAUAUUAAUAAUUCAACUCUUCUUACUAAAGUUUCUUCAAUGAUUUCAGAAAAAACAAGCUAGGAAAAUAUCACUCUCUGGCUUUUAUACUUAAAACUGCUAUGGAAAGCCUGACCUGACGUAUUUGUCACAACAGCAAAAAUGCUAGUAAGACACUCAAUAAAUGUCAAAGUUUUAAUGACUUUUUAUGAAUAUAUGUUCUUUGUUCAAUUCAAAGUACAUUUGUUUUACACAAAAGUGUCAGGUUGACUUCUUUUCAAAUCAGGAAUACAUCUAGCAUAAAUAAUGUAUAUGUAACGUCACACAAAUUUGACAUCAAUUACAGUGGAACCUUGAUUAGCGUAGCCCGGUUAGCGUGUUUUUCGUCUACAGUAGGUAAAAAAUGUAUUGCAAAAUUUUGCCUCGGUUUGUGUACAUGUCAUACAAUAUGGUGCGUGCCUUGUGGUGUCAUUAAUCUACUGCGUGAGCCCAACUAUUAAUGUAUUUUUAUCACAAAACGUCCUUGUUAGCAUGUUAACAAAAUGGAAACCGGAACCGGAACAUCAUCAGCAGAUGACUCUGUAGUUCUUUUCUAUCUAACACAGUUACGUCACAAGUGUCUGCUUAUUGAGAACGGCUGCAAAAUAACCCACAAUAGAGACAGAGAAACACUCAUCACACAGCACGAAGGUGGUGUCCACGCUGAUCUCGAUGCCACAUCGUGUAUGUGGCAACAAUCACAUCUUCAGUGAAGCUAAAGGUGACGUUAAAUGUUCAUGUUUCCCUUUCAUUCAUCAUUUAUAUGCAUUUUAAGUUGUUUGAGAUCAAAUUUUUGGGUUUCCGGAACAGAUUAGAGUAAUUGGAUUAUUUCUUUGGGAAACACUGUUUUGGUUACGUUCCGCUUUGAGUUGUACCUACCGGGGCCGAUUAAUGACGCUAACCGAGGUUCCACUGUCGUAGUAUUUUAGAAAAAACAUCACAAAUAUUUUCUGUGUUCCACUUCCUCCAUAAUUUGAAAUGUCUCUGGAUUCUUAUGGGUUAAAUUGACAAAUGAUUCCAAGUGAGGUGAAGAAAACAAGCCAUCAGUCUGCUCCACAGUUGACACCCUCGUCACCAUAUUGCAAUUUACAGACCUUUAUCUCUAUGUGAUGAAAAGGAAAAUCCUGGGGGAGAUUCGGGCAGACGAGUCGCAUUGAUAUUCAACGCUGGCUCGCAAGUGUGAGCAGGGCACUGAGGAAUGAGGUGGCGAAUUCAUUAAAAAGACAUUGCAAACAUUAUGAUUCAAGCUCAUGCUCACUGGGCCGUUACAGCGGCAGGAAAAAGUCCCGGGGACAGAGACGGUAGAAAGGUAACGUCUCCGCAGAAUGGAUGCAGCAAUGAAAGGUUAGAGAGGGCAGGUACAGGCGGUGUGGGGAUCAAACUCAUCAACCUGCUCUGGGAGAUGAAUCCACUUACUUUCUUCUCCGAGUCUUCCUCCUCUCUCGCCUGAGACCUUAGAUCAGUUCGAUUCAGUAGUAGGAAUGUUUUUAUUUUAGCAACAUCAACAACAGGAAAUAGUUUUGUACAAUUUAAUCGUCUUUCACGUCACGAUGGAAAAGAAUAUGGAGCGGGUAUUUAUUAUUUUGGUGUGCAAUGCUUUCAACUUGCACAAUGUUAGGGUACGGGUUAGGGUUCGGGUAGGGUUAAGGGUUCAGGGUUAAUGUAAAGUAAGUUAGUUCAAAGGUUAGUUCAGGGUUAGACUAAGGGUUAAAGUGAAGGUACGGAUCACGGUUAAGGUUAGGAUUUGAGUUCAUGUAAAAUGGUUCAAAUAUAGGAUUAGGGUUAGUGUAAGACUAACGGUUAGGAUAAGGGAUCAUUUAUGUUAGUUCAAUUUUACUGAGACAAUUACAUGUUGCAAAAUGAUCACAUUCUUCAACAAUUCAUACCCGAAACCUUUUUUGACCUCACCCUGAAUCCAACGUACAGAACAUCCAACAUAAGCCACGGGUUAGGGUUCCCUUUCAUACAAGGUAAAUGUUGGUUAAAUUAAAAAAGACAAGCUACAGAAAUGUUAAAGAAGCAUCUUAAAAAUGAUUUUCCAGCAAAAAGUGACAUCACGCCACAUCUAGUAGUCGUCGUUAAUAAUAGGACGUUGAUUCUGUUUCAUCAUGAGGGCAGACUACCUCAUUGCUUCUCAAUUUCCUCAAAGGUAUUAUGGCUAUGUGUUGCAUUCCUCCAUUUUUGGUAGGCGAAAAGGUGGCUGUUAACAAAUACCUAUCACAUUAUGAACCAGGGUUUCACGGUUCACCAUAAUCACCGUACAUACCAGCUUCAAGGUCACGGUUUGCUUGGAAAACUUUUUUUUUCAUUUCAUUGAACUAAAAUGUGCCCUGAUAUGAAAGUAUACCUUCUGCGGGCGUCUGGCUUUUUUCAAUCAGUUAUCAAAAUGAGUCUGUGUGGAUUCUCAGGCAUCCAGGUCGUGGUAAUCCGCAAACGGCUUCUGGUUUCGCCUUGAUCAGUGUUGCUGUAGCAGAACUAUGUUGCAAAAUGCUGCUUAAUAUAUUUUUGAGUGUGAUCUCAACUUCAGUAGCAGUAAUUUUAUAAUCAGAUUUAAUACAAGUAUUAUAUUGUGUGUUUGCUGACGAGCAUUCAAACCAUUCCCACAUCAGAAUGUUCCUCUCAUUUGCGACACAAUGGCUCGCUAUUGAUACAUUCCAAAAACAUCCCAUUUUUUCUGUAAUUCUAUAACAAAAGUAGAGCUACAGCAAUUAAUCGAUGAUUAGUUGAUUAUCCAAGUAAUCAACAACUAUCUUGGUAUUCCAUAAAUCAGUUUUUGAUUUACAAAUGUAAAUAUCCUCUAUUUCUGCCCCUCAAUGUGAAUAUUUUUUAAUUUCCUUAGUCAUACAUGAAAGCAAACCUAUUAUUUUUGUGUUUUAGGCAAAACAAAAUAUUCACACGUAUCAGCUUUAACUUUGGAAAUCAGCGAUCGACAUUUUUGCCUCUUUCUUGAUGUGUUGUGGACCAAGUCACUAACUGUUUGUGUUUGGUUCAUAUUUGGUCCAUCAUGGGGUCGGCAGGGGUCGGCAACCCGUGGCUCCUCAGCCUACUUGUUGCGGCUCCCUUUGCCAAGUUGGGUGAUUUUUUUUUUUAACACCGAAGUGGAGCAAAUGUGCUUUUUCGAAAAGAGUUUGAAAUACUUGACUCACUGCAGGUCUGUGAAUGCAUCUAGACUGUGUUGUGACUGCUGAUUAAAUGAGCAAGGGAAGGGGGACCGUCGUGUGCUGGGAAGGGGGACCGUCGUGUGCAGUGACACAUGAAAAAGCCAUCUUGUUGAGUGUGCUACCCCUGCUAAGCUACUGUAUCUCUAACUAUGAAUACCUCCCUAAAAAGAAAAAUCUCAGAAGAAAAUAUCGACUUUAUUUCUGAAUGGUCUUCACUGCCAAUGACGCUGGCUUACCCGUCUGCUUAAUAUGUGGCAAGAAAUUCGCCAAUAACACGUUGAAAGACAUUUUCAAAUCAAGCACUUAGUUUUUUCUGAAAAGUACCCAACUGCAGAUGGGCGUGAGAGAGCGAUUUGGGAACUACUACUGAAAGUUGAGCAUACUUUCUAGAAGUGGAUGAACGCUCCAAACUCAACUACAGCUGCUAGCCUUGUGGCUGCAUAUGAGAUCAUAAGGAGGCUGAAGUCGUUCACAGAUGCAGAAUACAUGAAAGAACCUUUCAUUCAAAUAUCAGCACAUCUAUCCUCCCAAUUCAACAGGAAAUUAUUUUGAAAAUGUAAGCAAUACCGUCUCUGCAAAGACAGGGACCAAAACAUUGGCAGAUGACAUUAAUUCAGUGCUAGCAAAUUGAAUUGGCUGUGAUGAGUCAAGUUCCCAUAUUGAGCAGAUGUGUCAACUCUGAUGGGCUUUUUUAUGUGAAGUUGGCUACGUUUUGUUUUGUUUUAAUUUUACACAAAUAUGGGAAUGACUGAAAAAGGCCUACAUAGUUCAGUGUUUAAAUUAUUUCAAAGUAGGACUUCUGUUAAUUGAAUUCUGUUUUCGGAACAACAACAACUUUUAAAAAUGUACAAGCUGUGUAAUGUUUUGUGGCUCCAGACUAUUUUUCCUAACAGGAAGAGGAUGCAAAAUAGCUCUUCUGAUGGUAAAGGUUGCUGACCCAUGGUGUAGGGCCUACGUGAUUACUCGAUUAAUCGAAACAAGCGUCAGAUUAAUUGACUAGGAAAAUAAUUAAUUGUGGCCCUAAAAAACCCUCCCAUUUUUACAGGUUUCAGACUUCUUCAAUUCCUUAAAUGAUUUACAACAUUCCUACAUGAAAACCUCAGCUCAUUCAGGACUACCAAUAUUCCAUUCAUUCAUUCAUCCAUUUUCUAUGCUGCUUGUCGUCACCAGGGUCUGGGGAUUAUGCUGGAGCCUAUCCCAGCUGCCUUCGUGCCAGGACCGAUCACUCCCAAUAUUCCCCAUCCAAAAAAUUCCCACUUUUGCCCAAGUUCCAUAUUUUCCAAACACAAAUGACCUUUGCCUGAAAUUGUAACUAUUCCACGAUUUCUCAACCCAUUCAAAUCAUUCCAGUAUCAAAACAUUUAGGCUAACAAUUUUCCACAUUCCAACAAUUCCCACUUUCCGUAAUUCCGCAUUUUCUGUUCAGCUUUGGCUCACCAGCAUCCACACACAAUUUCUACAUCACUUGCCUUCUCUGGUUGCUAAUAUUUUUUUGUAUUUACUUUGUUAUGAGUGAACGUUCAAAUGUUUACUUAUAACAAACGUCCAUUUUGUUAAGUAAAGAGGAAAAAAGGAUGCACUUUUUGGUGUAUUUUGUUGCCUUCAGGUGUCUGAUGUUGUAAACUAUAUGUAUUUAGAUUUUCAAAUGAGGGAUUCAGUGCCAAAGUGGUUCCUUCUGAGGAACAGUCACCACAAUUUAAUGUACAUUUAACUGAGUUCACGUUUACGUUAUCCUUUAUAACAAACUGUGACUGAAAGUGAUAUUUUGUAGCGCAGAUCUGAUACCUUAGUUUACAUUUUCCACCAGAGAGAAAGAGAUUUGAACAAGUUGAAGUCCAAUCUGUCUUUGUGGUCUUUUUAGAUGUUUUACCUUAUCUACACAAAUGUAAUGUCAUCAGGUCCUACUUUAGCUGACUGUCUGCAAUAAUAAUCAUGAAUUAACCCAUAAGUAUCCAGACCCCUUUAAACUAAAAUGUGGGAGAUAUACCACGGAUCAAAUGGAACACAGACAUUUGUGAUGUUUUUUUUUUUCUAAAAUACAGUGGUACCUGGGUUUUCAUUAAUCCCUUCAAAAGGGAGUAAGCAGAGUAAUUUUUCCCAGAAGAAAUAAUGGUAUUCCAAUUAAUCCAUUCCAGAAAACCAUAAGUAAACAAAAAACAUGUUUAUGAAGAAUAAUUAUUGUUUUAUAUGCAUUAAAAAAUGCAAAAAUAAUUAUAAAUAAAGAAUGAAAUGGAUAAAUUAACAUUUAACAUAAAACUUUCACUUUUACUGAAGACUCUUGUUGGCAAAGACGCUGCUGAGGGAGGAGGGGUACUGUCAUACUUUGCUACAAGUUCUUUCUUGAAUUAAAUUUUCAGUUUCUCAUCGUCUUUGUCAAAGUGCUGGCGCUCGUAACUUUCUGGCUGAUGUAGCACCAAGACAAGGGAUGCUUUGUCACUUCAGUCUGCAGAAUGAUACGUGGGCAAACAGACUAGAUUGAUACACGCAAUGUUUGACUGCAUGGGAACCAAAAUGGUAUUUGUAAACUGUGGCUAAAAAAAAAAAAUCGCACAAAACGUGGGGCAUAUGAAAACCGAGGUACCACUCUACAGGUACUACUAAUAAUAAUAAAUUUUAUUUGUUGCCGCCUUUCAAAAACACCCAAGGUCACCUUACAUGCAAUAAAAUAAUCAUAGUAGAGCAUCCACAAUAAAAAUAAUUAAAAGGAAGAUAAUGUGAUGUUACAUAUAUGUUCCAUUUUUCAUGCUGUAUGUAUUUGAAAAUAAGUCAACUUUUUGUGGAGCACAAAUGUACUUUCAAUUGAACCAAAAAAACAUAUUCAUUGAAAUUCAUUGAAACACUGCCUCAUUAACAUUUUUGCUGUUCUGAAAAAUAUAUCAUGUCAGGCUUCCCAUUCCAAUUUUAAGGCUAAAAGACCGAUGGUGAUAUUUUCUUAGCUUGUUUUCUAUUAAUUCAUUGACGAAACAUAGUAAGAGUUGAAUUGCAACUCUAUUAUGCAUUAGAAUUGCUGAAUGGCUUUCUUAUGGGUUAAGAAUGGUAACACUGGGAUUUAUCUGAUAAAGCAUUUAAAUUAAGCAUCUUUUGUCUGAUUCUUAUGUCUGAAAAUGUGUUAUUUUUCAACAAAAACAAUGUGGAUUUCAAAGAUUUGUGUUACGUGAAGGAAAGUUGAUGAAGUCCUUAUUUUAUGGUGUAACUUUCAGAAACCUCCCAGAACAGAACCUAACUAUUUUUCUGUAAAGGGUCCAAACCCUCAUGAGCCUGUCCUGUGCAUGUGGUGAUUGUGUGGAAAUCAGAAACACCUACACCUGAUAAGGUGGCCAUUCAGGGCGCUUGUCUCCCACAUUUGAAAGAGAAACUCAAUUCCAUUCAUUUGCUUUUGUGUGUGCGCGCGUGUGGGAGCCACUAAAGGUCAAAAAAGGGAGAAAUUACAAAGAGAAAAAAAUCUAGCUGGCAGGUUUAUGAAAGACAGAAUGAGUGCAGUGCUGAACAAGAAGGAAAUGAUUGUGUCUGAAUAGACGUGGAGAAAAAAAAACAUGAUUUCGACUUCACUGCAGUGAAAGGGCCAAAUUAAAAGUCCCCUUAUCUCCUUUUCACACACACAAUGACCUCAUUUCAUCCAGAACAUCAACAGAGGACCGGCCCACUCGGGUCACGUAAAUAGUUGUAUGUCAUUAUUUGAAUUAUCUCCAAAUUAGCUUAGUUGCUGCAGUGUUUAAUAUUUUCCCCCAUUUGAAUGAAGGAGACAAGAAAUGUGUGUCUGGCAUAAAGUCAAGUGAGGUUUCUAUCCACAAUGUUCAGUACAAAUGCUGGUUUUGUAACACACUGUAGAACAGUCCCAUGCUCCUUUUUAUAGAAAUGGUAUUUGGUGCAUUCUUUUCGUUUAGUAAAUAAAAUUUUGAUACAAAACCAUUGCUGAUUUUUCAUUGCUUGUAUCCUGAUUCCCAUGUCGGUCUCAUGGAUGUUGAGACCCCAGGUGGUCUUCAUUGGGUGCCUCAUCAACAAGGAAAACCUUUUUCACUUUUUUAAAUGAUUUUUCCUUUGCUUCUUUCUCUUCCUCAAGGGUGGUGCGAAAGGCAGCACCAUCCUUCAAUAGUGCCUUGAUAUCAUCCUGUAGAAUGUUGAUAUCAUUGCAUAAUGCUCUAUU